AAUAAGUAAAAAUUGAGCUGCACAGAAAACUGUUCUUCAUCAAAACCAAUCAAAAUUCUCUCCACUAAAAACUCAAAGGCCACUCCUCCAUCUUCCCUCUCUCUCAAUCCUUUAAUCAGUUCCAAAAUUCUGUUAUUCUUCAUUAACAUUUCUCUUUCUUUCUCUCUUGUAAAAAACCAGACCAAACCAAACCCCCCCAAAGAAAAAAAGCCAUGCCAUUUCUUACAGAAAACUCAGCUUCAGCUUCAUCUUCAACAAUAGCAGAACAUCUAAAACUAAGAAGACCACCCAGAAACCAAAUCAACAUAACAGAAACAGAUCCAAACCCUGUCCCAGAUAUCCCAUCUGUAGUCCAAUCCGCUCGCUCCAAAUCCAGCAUUUCCUCUCUUUUCCUCUCCACUUUCUCCUCCACCAACAAUGAAACAACAACAACCACCUUGCACCCUUCAACAAACACCAAAAAAAAAGCCAACCCUUUUAGCCAGUCCACUCUCAGAGGCCUUGGCUGCACUGCAUCUGCAUCACAGCAGGUGUCGGUGCCUGCCAUGAUACGUACAUCAGCUGAUUGGGAAGCGAAGAAAGUGAAGAAGAAAAAGAAAACGCAGCAGCAGGAACAAGAAAAGAAGAAGAAGAAGCAGAAGAAGAAGAAAAGUGGUAAACUUGUUGGCAAUGAGAAUAGUAGUAAUAAGGUGCAUCAUCAGCAAGGUGUGGUUUUGAAUGAAGGGAGUGGUAAUAACAUCAGUUGUGGGGUAAUUCAGGAUGUGUGGUGUGGACCUGGAAUUGGGUUUUCAGCUGAUGCUGUUGGCUCUGUGGAUUGUGUUGUGGCACGGAGAAAUGUGCCUGCCAGAGGGAAGAUUGAUGUCGAAAAGGUCAACCAUAGGGAGCGUUCUUGUAUAGCAAGGCGGACUGUAAAUCCUGAAACCCUCUCAUUUCUUGAUUCUGAUUCUGCCUUAAUCUCAGCGCGUCCUGAACCCGAUUUCUUUGGAGCAAGAUACUAUCGCCAUGUUCGACAUCCUUCUCCAGAGGGGCUUGCUGAGAUAAUGAUGCUGCAGAACAACUUGCUAAUGGGGGGAAGAUUAGAUUCACAUGAUCGAUUCAGCGACUGGAGGCUUGAUAUUGACAGCAUGUCUUAUGAGCAACUGCUGGAGCUUGGUGAUAAAAUCGGUUAUGUUAACACUGGAUUGAAAGAAGAUGAGAUAAGCAGAUGCCUCAGAAAAAUUAAGGGCUCAAUCAUGAAUGAAUUGCCACCAAACUUACACACGCAUGUGGAUAAGAAGUGCAGCAUCUGUCAGGAGGAGUAUGAAGCAGAUGAAGAGAUGGGGAACCUAUAUUGUGGACAUAGCUUUCACAUUCAAUGUAUAAAGCAGUGGCUUGUGCAGAAAAAUACUUGCCCUGUCUGUAAGACUGAGGCAGCAACUCAAUGCUAGCAGUCAUGGAUUCAAUUUAACCCUCUUUGUUUGUGUAUAGAUUUUGCUCCAAAUACAAAAAGGCAAGGAUUCAAUUUUUUUUUUUUUAUGGGUUUUUCCUUUGGAAAUGUGUGAAGAAGCCUCGAAGGGUUCGACUUGUGUUUGCUUCAGAAAAUGAUGGGGGAUUACUGUUAUUUGGCAGAAUCAAGUCAAUGGGGUCGUGGGAUAUGGACAGGAGAAUUGUUGCAACUUUGCUCCUCUUCUUAAAGUCAAUUUAUUAUUUGUGAUUGUGUUGCUAUACUUUGAUAUAAAUACUACUUUGAUUUUGGUA